CUUGCAUGUCCACACAGCAUUCUAGUACCCCUGCAAUCAGUACAGCGGUUUCUCGCGCGCUGUUUUCACCUUCAAAUGUUCUGAAUGAUUCUCCACUGUGCUUCAAUAAGGCAUAUUUUAAUCAGGCUGAUUUCAACGUUGACCGUUUUGUGAAUCUUGCGCGGCGGCGCGCAAAUUUGUCGCAAAUCCAGAAUGAUUUGCGCGUAUACCUUAAGAUUAUACAGAAUUCUAUGAUCGAACUGAUCAAUGACGACUACGCAGAUUUUGUGAACCUUUCAUCAAGUUUAGUUGGGCUAAAAGAAACAAUUGAUAAGUUGACAGGAGAUGUUGAGUCAAUUUGGAUCGACUUUUGCUCAAAUACUAAGAAAUUGAUGACUACGGCAGAAUUUGUUGAGAAGCAGGCUUCAGAUAUUAGCAAAUGCCGGGCUCGACAGAUUGAAUUGCGAUCUAACAUUGCCUUUAUUAAUGCUAUAGAACGGGUUGCAGCUUGCAUUUCUGCUGAGCCAAGGGUUGUCACUCAGUUAUGGUUAAACCAACUUACAGAUACAGUCGUCGAUUUGAUACUAUGGUAUAGGAAGUUACCUACACCUAUCAACGACAAGUGGUCUGAUGCUUUUGAUGCUUGCGUUUUGAAAGCAAGGGCAGUUUGCGAACGUUUAUUGGUCGCAGAUUUGCAAGGAGAUUGUCGCUGUGCGAGAAUACUCUUGGGCCUUUUGUCAAUGGUUGAUGGAGUGGAAUUCGCAGUUAGCCGCGUUAUGGCGGAAGUCAUAGAUCCAAAAAUUCAGUACGUUUCAAGUGAUUUGAGCGCAUUAUUGGAACAUAUCUUGGAAAGUGUCUCGCAGAUCCGCAAGUCUUGGAUAACAAAACUGGAGAGUUUUGGAGGACGUUCUUCUGGUAUAUCGGGGUUUCUGGAUAAAUGUUUGCUUACUUACGUAGUAUCUGCAUUAGAUCAGCAUUUCAGUUCGGUUCUAGUUCCAAGCGAUCGUCAACUAUUUCAUAAGUGUUAUUCUACAGUUUCUUCGUUUAUUUUAAACUGGGAAGAACCACAACGUUCACGUACUAUCUUACGCAUAAUUAGAGAUCGCUUUAACCUUGUGGUUUAUUUUAAGCUUGAAACUCAUCAGUUUUUGUCAGAUUUCGAAGAAUUUGCCGAUCCUUCAAAAUUAACAAUUGUUGAUGACGGACCUCACGAUGCAGAUGGUUCAUUUUGGUUUCGUUGUUCAGCAAUAGUUGAUAAUGCCUUAAACACACUCUGGAGUGAGUCUUCAUUUCUCUCUGCGCUGACAGAUAAAUAUUGGGACUUUUCUACAAAAAUGCUCAAGAAUUAUUUGGAAUGGCUUAGUAAUGUUUACAGGUACUUUGAAAAAGGGCUUGAACCAGCUAACGGAGUUGAAACAUGGCUGCUGUUGUGCUGCUUAUGUGCUGAUUGCUCUAGUCUGGAUAACCGUGUUUUCACACUGGCACUCUCUUCUAUUUGGUCUAAAGUUCGGGAAUUUGAAUUGGACACCACACUAUUUGGUCAGUGCCUUACCAUGUUUUCAACAAUAAUGGCAAAACAGCGGAAGGAAAUUGAAGAGCUAAUCUGUGAUUUAAUUGUAACAGUUCUGUGCAAGGGAUUCGACGGUGUAGCCGAUAUACCGCGUCAUUAUCGAUGGACAAAAAAACCGCCUCCCACUGAACCUUCCCAAUAUGUUAUUGACUCUUUUGCCAAAUUUUGUAACUUUAAGACGGAAGCACUUUCUCGUGGUUGGAGUGAUGAAGAGAUUGCCAGCCUCUCUUCCAGUAUUAUGAGUAAAACGUUAGAAGGAUUUUGCUGCAAGGCUGAGCAGGUGUCUUAUAAUUUCUAUUCUUUUUGCUACUUGCCUUUGUUUAGCGUCUCUGAAGCUUGUUUUUUAUCCUUGAAGUGUGAGCAAGCACCAGCGCUAAAAUUUUUUGUUAUAGAGUCAGUUGAGCAAACUGGCACGAGUUUGCAACGAUUCAAGCGGAAAGGUACUUUCGCAGGAGGCGGCGAGAGUAGCAGUGCCGAUUCGGAUGAGGGGAAAAUUCGUACUCAGUUAUUCCUCGACCUUAUGCACUUCAAAAACGAAGCUACGGUCUUCGACUUGGACUUUACUAAAUUAGACCUUUUGAUAUCGCGGUCAAACGGAUCUACUGGGGGACAGAAAGCUGAUACGUUAUCGCUCAUUACUGAUGUAAAUAGCGCAGAGGUAAAUGAGCAGCUGAAUCUGUAAUA